UUAACCCGCUUAACCAAACCAAACAAGCUGUUCUCUCAGCCGGCUCUGCUACAACAUUCCCAAUGGCUCUCCGGCUCCUCCGGCGAUGGACUCCGAACUUGUUCAACCUAACUCGAAGUUUCCGAUCAAACUCUGCACUCGAAGCCCUAGCAAAAGCCUCCGAAGAAAAAACCCCAAUCAUCGUUCUCUACAACUACCCUUCGUUUUCCGGAGCUUUCUCAGCACUCUUCGCUCGCCUCUUCCACUCUCAUCUCAACCUCCCAUGCCUCAUCCUACCCUUCUCCUCCGUCGAACCUCUCAGGGUUGAAGAUUUGUGUGUUGAAGGGAUCAAGAAAUGCUACUUUCUUGAUUUUCUUGGGCCGAGAGGAUUUGCGGCGGAACUUUCAUGGCGAACUUCAUGCGAGGUGAUUGGGUUCGAUCAUAGAAAAUCAGUGCUGUCCAAGAUUUCAUCUGACCAUGAUUGCAGUGGGAACCUCACAUUUCAUGUUGAUAUUGAGAAGAGCAGCUCGACUGCUGUGUAUGAAUACUUCUCUGCAAAACUUUCAGAGAUGAGAUACGGUGAUGGCAAUGUCAAAAGUUUAUUAAACCCAAAAGAUCGAGAUCGCAUGGAAUUGGUUCUUAAGUACAUUGAAGAUGCAGAUCUUCGCCGAUGGAUUUUACCAAACAUUAAAGAUUUUAACAUUGGGCUUGGUGAAUGGCGUUCUAUGUUGAACUGCAUCACUAAUCCACACAUGUAUGAACAGUUAUUGGAGAUAAGCUCUGCAGUUUUAAUUGGCAAGGGAAUUUCUUAUAUAUCUACUCGGCAGGAUGCUGCAAAAAAAUUGCUGGAUAAGGUUUUCAAAGUUCGUUUAGGCAAAGGAUUUUAUGGGGAGUGUCUGGGAGUAAGAGCUGAUGGAAAUUCUAAUUUAAGUGAUGAAAUUGGUAAGGAACUUAGCAUAAAGAGUGCUGCAGCUGGAUUGAGGCCCAUAGGAGCUGUUGUUUACAUGCAACGUAAUAAUCUUAAAAUGUGCUUAAGGAGUACCGAUACUGCUACUGAUACCUCUGAAGUUGCAAAGGCAUAUGGUGGAGGAGGUUCCCCAAGUUCCAGCUCCUUUAUAAUAAGGAUGGAUGAGUAUAACCAGUGGCUCUCAGUACACCAACCAUGAAAACAUUAAGUUCAGCGGGUAAAGGCAGAAGGAUGAUUAAUUGGUGGAUAUGAGAGGGUUUAGUUUGGCUUUCACAUAUGCGUGUGGGAGAAAUUAGAGUUGAAUAUGAUAUAUGUACACUGAUUUUAACAGCCUCAAAUUACCAGCAAGAUUGAUUGAAACCCCCAACCAGGCCUCCCCUUCCCAAACAGAAUGGAAAAACAACCCACUACUGCCACUGCCACUGACACCAUGAAAUCAGAAGAAGGAAAGAUUAACUGAACAUGGAUAUAGCUAACAACAAUGUCAUCAAAAACAAAAGGAAAUACCAAAGAAAGAAAAAAGUUGAUAUAUUCUUACUCCAUCAUGGGCAUGAUCCUGGAUUGUUAAGCUUGUCGCCCAAAUGCAUUAUAUAUGCGCAGCCAAGCAUCCGAUUGUUGAACAAUUAGCACAAGAUUCAUUCUAAGCAGUAAAAGUUCUUGACUGUUCAAUUCUUAUAUUUAUGAUUAUGUGUAUAAGUGUGGUUAUAUAAUACAAUCAUAACCAAUAAUAUUGAGAUGUGUUAAUUAAAUUGUACGAUUUUAAAUUUUUCGGUUCUUGGGUUGGUUUAGGUUACACAGUCACCAACCAGAGAACCGAACUGAUUGGUUGGUUCUGGGAUUUUUGGACCCAAAAUUGAACCGAACCAAUGCUAGAGCUGAACUUACACAACCCAUAAAGGUUGAUUUGGUUUGGUUCUUUUGUGCACUCAUACUAUUUAGACAUCCACUUAGGUUCAAAAUGAUAUAAUUUAUACAUGCAUAUGUAAUUUACAUAAAUGUAUGUAGAUGUCCUGAUGAGGAGUUUUUGCCAUUA